CGGUCCAGGUAGCAUUUUAAGUUAUAAAUAUUUGAAAAUACCUGCAAUUGUUUAGUAACAAAACUUACGCCAAAGAAACAACACGCAUCAGCGCAUAUAUUAUAUAAUACAGUGACAAUGGAAAACAGUGAAAAUUCAUUCAAGAGCAUAAACCAAAGUGAUUAUUCAUCAUGUUUGGAAAUUUCGGAAGAAUACUGCACAUGUGGGAAUGAAACCACAAUAUCCUUCGAAACAGCCACCGAGCUUUCAGAUUCCUCUGAUUCAACAUUGAAUACCAGUGCAAAAGAUGAAACUCUGUGUGGCUGUCCAAGUCGUAUUUCACAUAGGCAAACAUCUGAGAGCCUCACAGUGGAAAACAGUGAAAAUUCAUUUAAGAGCAUUGACCAAAGUGAAUAUCUAUCAUGUUUGGAUAAAUCUAAGGAAUACGUCACUGCAUUUGAGGACGGAUCCACAAGAACCUUCGAUACUGUCUCCAAGCAUUCACAUUUCUCUAAUUCGACAUUGAAUACUAGUGGAAAAGAUGAAAAUUUGUCUACUUGUGAUUAUUCAGAAUUUAGUUCGACGAUGCGAUCAUGCGAAAUCAUUCAAAAUUCAUUUGAGGCCAGUUCAAAAAAUACAAAUGAGUCUACAGAAUACUAUAGUAUUAAUAAAGAAGAAUACAUCAAGAACUUUGAACCUCUUCUUGAAUAUUCAACUCCAAAUGAGAAUGCAGAUGGUCAAAUACAUAAUAUUGGAUCGUAUGAAGAUUUCAAAAUGGGUCUGGGUUAUAAUAGCACCUUGAUAAACAUAAAAGAUAAAAAGAAAUGGAAAAGAAACAUCUGUUUUCUUUGCCAUUUAAGGAUUAUUUCAGAAAAGAAGCAAAAACUUCGUGAAAUAAAAUCUCGUGAAUGAAUUUGAUUUGAAGCUUGAAAUGGAUAUAUUUGUAUAUUUAUUAAUUUUGUAUAGUUGUAUCUGUAUAUAUUUUGUAAGAAAUUUAUGU